AUGUAUCUUAUACCAUUAGAUUCGUCUCAUCAAGACGAAUCGAAUGAACCGACUCAUCAAGACGAAUCGAAUGGCGACCGUUUUUCUCAUCAAGGUCAAACUAAAAAAGAAAAGAUUUUAAUUUGUAGUCUUAAACAAAAAAGUGAUGAACUUGAAAAAUUUUGUAAUAACGAAGAAAACAUUGUUUGUGGAAUAAAAUUGGAAGAAAAAGGAAAAAUUAUUAAUCCAAAAUUUACACAAACUUUUAUGGUGAUGCAUGAAAAGGACAAAUCAGCAUUAUACAAUGCUAAUCAUAAUAUUAAACAGUUAAAAACUAAGGUUGCAGUAUUUCAAAAUGAAAGAUCCAAUUUAGAUAAUAAAACUGACUUAAUAAAUCAAAAAUCUGAGAAAAUAAAGAAAUCACAAUAUCUUUCUCUUGUUCUUUCUCAUCCUUGUAACCAUUGUUAUAACACUGAUCUUCAAAAUAAAUUUUAUCAUGUAUCGUAUGUUGGUUUUAAUAUUAUAAUUGACAUCGAUUGUCAAAUAUGUAGUACAAUUGAUUUAUAUUCUAAUCAAUCCAAAGGGAUCAACUUUUCACAUCUUGUUGCAGCAUCAGCUUUGGCAAGUGGUAUUAAUCGUUAUACAAUACAAACUGCAUUGGCAGUUAUGGGUAUUACUACUCAAAGUUGCAAACAAGCAUAUCAUAAAUACCAAUCUCAGAUAUUUCCCACUAUUAUAUCAAAAGCUGAGGAAUCAGCUAGACAGGCAUUAGACGCUGCUAUAGUCCAUACUAAUACAGAACCCCGGAUAUCUAAUAUAAAGCCCUCAUUUAGCUCUACAAUUAAAAAAAAGUUCAUCAAAAUUGGCACACUGGAUGCUGAGAUUAAAGCUCUGAACAGGUUGGUUCAGUGCGGGUUUUUUCCAGUUCAGAUUGGAACUGAAACUGAAUGA